CCCUGCGUCCAUGGUUUACUCUGAGCCCGUAUUUAAUUCCUCUAAACCCCCAGCUGCCGCCCUGGUUACUCACUGAACACGACAGACUGUGAACCGCUCUGGUUAUUAAUAAUUCACCAGCCCUCCGUUUCUCGGCCGCAUGCAGGACCCCGCACGGCACGUCCUCACUGCGCCGGUGCCUCCGUCCAGCCACGCUGUCUUUUCACUUCGAAUUGUUUUUCUUACAUUUUUUUUUGUGGAUUUGCUCGGUGUCUCACACAGGCGUACGCGCAUUUCACCUCCUUGUUAACGUAUUUAGCCUAUAGGCAGUCCCGGCUGGCAGUGCCCACCAAGCCCCGCUAUAGUCUCAUCAACUCUUAUUGUUGCGACAUCCGCGCUGCCACAUGGUGAGUUUGGUUGUAGACGCUGUUCUCUCCGCGACUUUCUCCGGACACUGAGGAACAGGUGGGGGAGGACCGAGCGAGGAGGAACGUUUUCAUAUCAGCAAAGCCGGAGCAUGCACAAGGGGGGAAAGCGCGCGGCGGCGUCCCAUCUGCAGGAGCAACAGCUGAUCUGGUGAGCGCGUAAACAGAGAGUGCAAGCUACUUACUGUCGGUGCACAGCCACACUCCUGCUCUGUCACUCGGGCUCACACGGUGACUGUGUCGGUGUCGCAGAGCGCGGCGACUCGGUGGACAUUACGGUACCGGGACAAACUGGACAGAGAACACGCAAGCACAGCCUUGAAGCCGACCAUUUUCAUGGGAAUUUCACGAGUUGAAACCGAAACAUAAACACCUUGCAUGAAGAAGUCGGGAAGCAGACGACUUGGAUUACACAGCUCUGUCCUCCUUUGCCUUGACUGAGAGGAGUUGACUACCAAUUACAAAAAAAAAUGUUUACCGGGCAACAGGCCGUGUAUUAGGGCUCUUUUGCUUCCGGUAUAAGGCCCAGACGAACAAGAAACCGAGUUUUCUCUCUCCCACACACUUUUUUUUUUUGGAAGCCGAACUUUUGAGAGUGGAAAAUGGGUCUUUGAGAGUGUUGGCACAUUUCCCUACACCACAAUGGCAACCGAAACCUUUCUGUUGAACGAAGAACCCUCCAGAGGUCCUGGGAUGCCUGAAUGCUUUGUAGUAUCAGAUUCAUACAGGUAUUACCCUACUCACCUUCUAAACAAUGCCUUAGUGGAUGAAUUUCAUCCCUUCAUUGAGGCCCUCCUCCCCCAUGUCCGUGCCUUCUCCUACACCUGGUUCAACCUGCAGGCCCGCAAGCGCAAGUACUUCAAGAAGCACGAGAAGAGGAUGACCAAGGACGAAGAGCGCGCGGUGAAGGACGAGCUGCUGGGCGAGAAGCCGGAGAUCAAGCAGAAGUGGGCCUCGCGCCUGCUGGCCAAGCUCCGCAAGGACAUCCGGCCUGAGUUCCGCGAGGACUUUGUGCUCACCAUCACGGGGAAGAAGGCGCCCUGCUGCGUGCUGUCCAACCCCGACCAGAAGGGCAAGAUCCGCCGCAUCGACUGCCUCCGCCAGGCCGACAAGGUGUGGCGGCUGGACCUGGUCAUGGUCAUCCUGUUCAAGGGCAGCCCCCUGGAGAGCACGGACGGCGAGCGGCUGGUCAAGUCGCCCCAGUGCUCCAACCACGGCCUGUGUGUCCAGCCGCACCACAUCGGAGUGACGGUCAAGGAGCUGGACCUCUACCUGGCCUACUUCGUCCACACACCAGAACAAUCAGGACAAUCAGACAACUCAAACCAGCAAGGAGACACAGACGUCAAGCCCCCACCAAAUGGCCACUUGAGUUUCCAGGACUGCUUUGUGACUUCAGGGGUGUGGAACGUAGCCGAGCUGGUCCGCGUUUCGCAGACCCCGGUUGCUACAGCGACCGGCCCCAACUUCUCCCUGGCUGACCUGGACAGCCCCGGCUACUAUAACAUCAACCAGGUGACCCUGGGACGGCGCUCCAUCACCUCCACCCCCUCCACCAGGACUGAAAUGGAGCUUUAUGCAAGUCUCCCACGGAGCUCCAACAAGCGCAAGUCCAUUGACGACAGUGAGAUGGAGAGCCCGGUGGACGAUGUCUUCUACUCGGGCCGUUCCCCAGCGGCGGGCAGCAGCUCCCAGUCCAGCGGUUGGCCUAAUGACGUGGAUGCAGUGCAACACCAUUUGGCCAGUGUGCAGGAGAGGAAGAUUAAGCAUGAGAGCGAUGGAGUGCAGUUUCCUUACCAUGGACUCUCAUCGCCUGGUUCUCUUAAGAAGCCGGGGAAAUUCGAUUUCAGCGCCCUGUCCUCCCAGACGAGGUCCCCCCGCAUGGCGUUCACCCACCACCCACUGCCAAUGCUGGCGGGAGUGAGACCAGAAAUGUAUCUGUUGGCAGGGAGUCCCCGUGCUUCAGCCUCGGCCUUGCACUUCCCGUCUCCCUCCAUCAUUCAGCAGUCUAGCCCAUACUUCACCCACCCAACCAUCCGCUACCACCACCACCCUGGACAGGAUCCCCUGAAGGAAUUUGUGCAGUUUGUCUGUGCUGAUGGCUCGGGGCAGGCCGGCGGACAGCCAAACGGGAGCGGCCAGAGCAAAAUGCCAGGCUCCUUCUUGCUGCCUCCACCUCCCCCAGUGGCCCGCCCAGUGCCCCUCCCUAUGCCCGACUCUAAACCCAACAGCACGCCCCCUGACGGCGGACUCUCCUCGUCCGCAUCUCCGUCAUACUCCACGCCAGGCGCCACAGCUUCCAACAGGUUUGUCGGCAUCGGAUCACGGGACAACAACUUUCUGAACAUCCCGCAGCAGACACAGUCUUGGUUCCUCUGACAAGAUCUGUGUACAAACCAGCAACUAGAAUUCUUUCUUUACAAUCGGAAAUAGAAAAACAGAGAAACAACCCGCAGGAUGAUAAUCGUCCUCCAACCAACCGACCGACCCGCCGACCGGCCCUGACAGUACGUCUCAACCUGAUAAAAUAUAACCGAGCAACGCAGGAAAUUCCAGCAGCAUGACGCUUUUUAGAGGAACUCUGGACUCAUUUAUCCAGUCAGAGGGAGGACCCGUCUCGAGCAACAAGAUGGAUCGAUGGAAAGAUGAAUGGAUGGACAAGAGGAUGCCCAGGAUAAAGAAGGGGUAAGGGGACAAACAGCAGCAAGCAGGUCUCUCCUAAAAAAAACAACCACCACCACCGAACCAGCAGCAACGCAGGAGGAACCUGAGGAAGGGGGGAAAAGCGGUCAACUGUCUCCUACUUUCGUGAGGACGCAUUGUGUAAUGAAUGGCUAAGAAACUCAACUGUCCAACAAAAACAAAAUCAGGUUCCCACGACACAGAUGUUACAUUUAAGCUACACAAAUCCAUUUGGUUUCCAAUGAAAGCUGCAGUCCAUGCUCCUGUGAUGUCUGUCAUCACCCGAAACAAAACAAAAAUCCAAUCGACCAAUGUUUCUCUCCCUCUGAGUGACCAUUGACUCUACAAAGUCCCCUUUUUAUUUACCCUGCUACUAACUAGAGCGAGAUCAUGCCAAAACAUAUCUUGAUUAAGGGUUGCACUAGAAGCUGAGUCAAUUAACACUAAUCGUAACGAUGUGCACUAUUUACCUACAAGGCAUGGGAGGUAAACCAGACUUGCCUAUUGAGAGUUUUAAAGAGAAGUGCCCCAGGUACAAGAAGCCUUUCAUGUGUCCUCGACCCAUUGUUCAGUUUGACAAAUCAUUGGCCUCCGCUCAUUCUGACAUUUUCCCGCACAACGCACACUCACACAAUCUGUGCCAUGACCACAGCAUGUGUGUGUACGAUCGAAAACACACACAGUUGCCCAGUCAGACCUUUUAGAUUGUAGUCUCCACAGGUGGCGGUGUUGUAAUCAUAUUUUCCAAUUUAUCUGCACACAGUAAGCCCCGUCAACUCUUUCUACCUAUUUGAUUAGAUAUCCAAACGUCACACAUGCUGAAAAUCCCAGUGUGUGUGUGUGUGUGUGUGCGCAUCAUUACUGGCAGUUUUCACGACUACAGACAGCAGUUAUUGGUUCCCCCCCUUUUGCCCUCUUUGUAAUGUAGAUGAAUGAUUUUGUUAUCGCUUGUGUGUUCUCUUAUUUGAAUUUAUUCCUUUUGGAUUUGUACUAUUUUAUAAUUGUUUUGUAUUUGAAUUACAGCACCUUAUAGAGAAACACAGUAAGAAGUGGGAUGUUGAAGCGGUGUAGACAGGGUGGUUCGCUGACCUGGAUCAAAUAGUACAUGCAAAAAAGCGUUGACGUUUUCGGGAAAUACACUUGUUUGUUGUUUUUUUCCCUGAGAGGUAGGCGAGAAGAUCGAUACCACACUCGAGUGUGUACAUGAAAUGUGAAGCUACCACGGGCAGCUGGUUAGCUUAGCUUAGCAUAAAGGCUGGCAACAGCUAGCAGGCCUCUGCUGGAGCCCUUUGCGUCCGAACGCAGCUCGUAGGCAGAUUUUGUUACCUUUGGACAGAGCCAGGCUAGCUGGUUCCCCUUAUUUCCAGUCUUUAUGCUAAGCUAAGCUAACCAGCUGCUAGCGAUAGCUUCAUCUUUAACGGACAGACAUGAGAGUGGUAUCGAUCUUCUUGUGUAACUCUUGGCAAAAAAAAAAAGCAAAUAUGGGUCUUUUCCACACUGUCAAAAACCUAUUUGCCACGUACAGUACAGUACUGCAAGACCACACAAUGCAGGAUUUUGACAAUCACAGGAAGCUUAUUUUCUGGGGAACUUACCUGCUGAACCAUACAGGUCAACAACAACAACAACAACAACAACAAAACCAGCCCCAUCUACUAUUUGACCCAGGAACCAAGGAGGAAAAAAAAAAAAGGUUGCUGAAGAUGGGACCCAGAGUAAAAGAGAGAGUAGCUCUUCUUUUCUGUCUCCCUAAAGUUUACCCUGUUGUUUACACUCCCAGACGGGCCGCUGCUCCAAGAGCAGAGGGAGCCACACUGUGGAGCAAAAUGAAUAUGUGACAUAUCUGGCUGUUUGCGGAGAGGGAACGAGGGCCUCUAAGGCUAGCAGUAGGACGAUCACCCAUGUGCCCAUUUUUGUUUUUGGUGCACAGGAUCAGGUCAAGGAUAUCGGUUGCUAUGGAAACCCCCCCCCUCCCAACACACACACAUACACCAGCACUCCCCACCUAACUAUUGUGAAUCGAUGAGCCCUUAAUGAUCAAAACUGCACUAAAACAAUCAUACCAGCCAACCUUGUGAGUUUAAAAAAAAAAAAGUAUUCCAGUAGAUUGACCAUUGCAGUGGAUGUAUCGCUGGGAUGGAAACACACUUGUAGAGCACACAGAUGGCCACUUCUUAAACACAGACUUAUAAAGACCACUUACUAUAAAUGCAAACACCCCCUCCCCCCUCCAUGCUCGACUAUUUCAAUUCAAAGGGAAGUCUUAAAAAUAGACAAUCUGAGGAGGCCUUUAUGCUUUCAAUCGUUUUAUAUCCUUAGCCUAUACAUAUAUUCUGACGGAUUCAGUCAUCUCCUGUUAAAAAAAAAGUUCUAAUGACCCAUCCAACCUCACAAAAUAACUGGACUGCCUGGCCAUGUUCUUCACUGCAGGGAAACACAACAUAGUUGGCCAAAAGCGAACGGCGCCCCAUCUCAUACCGCUUCGUAGAGAGAACCAGCUCCGCUGAGAACAACGUUAACGACGGCUAAACGUGAUUUCUUUUCUAAUCUAUGGAAGUGCCUCUGUAUUCCCAUUAUGCAAUUUGUCAAACAUGAAUUCAGGUUCUUUUUCUCACAUAUAAGCUAUAGUGAACGGUGGAAAAUUUUAUGUCAGGAGAAAAGGGGGUGGGGUGGGGGGGGAGGAAACAAAACGGUGACAGCUCACUAGAUAAUCGCAAGCAUCUUUAUAUAUAAUACACAUAUAUAUUUAUAGAUAUAUAAAUUUUUUUUUAUUUGCAAGAUAAGCUCUGUGGCAGUCUAGUUAUUUUUUGAAGCAUGGCGUACAUCGCACAGUCAUAGGAUGCAUCUGAAAAAGCGCUGAUUAGAGCUAAAAGUACCAGUCUAAACCCACACUAAAUGACGAAAAAGUAAAAAAAAAAAAAUCUGCGGCAAACACAACAAUAGACACAUAGACAGUGAUGGUGAUGUAGUUGAGGAUUAAAAAAAAAAAAAAGAAAAGAAAAAAAAAAAGAACAGAUUUGGUUUUGUUGUUUUCUUUCUUGUUUUGAUGGGAAGUAUUGUUCUUGAAACUAAAUGAUGUAUGUCGAUUGAGCCAUGUGCAAUGCCUUGGUAGAGGAAUUGUGUUUGUGUGUUAGCGAUUGUUUGAGGGUGUCCCAAGAAAAGAGGGGGAAAAAAAGGAGAAAAAAAACCUCUACGUUUCUUUUUUUUUUUUUUGUUUUUGUUUUUUUCCAAGUCCACGUGCUCCGGGACUCUAAAUACGAGGGCAGCGAGAGAAAUAUCCCAGUCUUUGUAAGUAAGUUUGGGGAAAUAGUUUUGAAUUUCCUUUUUGUUGUUGUUUUGUUUUGUUUUUUCUCCUUUUAUCGCUUUUUUUUUUUUAAGAAAAGAGAAAAAAAAAAACUUCAUUUCUAAUGAUUUGUUUUUAAAAUGUGGGAGGGCUGAAGGAACGAUUUUGCAACUCAAAAUAUAUAUCACUAUGAAACCUGGUGCUUUCGUAAAGAAUCAAAGUACAUUCAAUCUCUAUUAUACAUAAAUAAUAAUAAACAAAAUUAAGUGUUAUGAUAAAAAAAAAAGGAAAUUUUUAGGAAAACAUGCAUUAUUCUAUUUCUCUUUUUUUUGUUGUAUUUACCGAGGGGGGAGGGGUUCAUUGUAUGAAAAGGUUGUUGUGACAAAAGGCAUUCUUCUCUUCCCCCCCCCCCACCCCCCACAAUAUCACAUAGCAGAGGAACAGUCGGAGGGAGAUUAACCUGGAUCUUGUAUCCAACACAAUCAAUCCUAGUGUGGGACAAAGACAAGAUCUUCCCCGAGUUGGGAGAUGCACAAUUAUAGAUUCAAAGAACGAGGGGGAAAAAUAAAGAGUGAUAUCUGGUUUGAUUUAGGUGUAAACGUCUAGUUGGUUCAGAGAGAGAGGGAAUCAGCGGACUCUGUCUGGCCAGAGGGGUGCUGCUGUCAUCAAUUCAAGUGAACCCCCCACCCCCUUCCCCUCUUCCCCAUCUCCCACUGUAAAUGAUUAUAAAUAUUUGUUUGGUGAUGUAGUGUUAUAGACUCAGAGCAUCUUAAAGGUUGUCCCUAAAAAGUGCCUUUUGUUCACAGAUUCCAUCUUGUAAUCCUGAGUGCCCAUCUCGAAUGAAAAAAAUAUAACAAAAAAAAAAAACACGUCCCCCUCCUUCAUAAUUCUAUAUCUUUCUCUUCCUCUUCUUGGAGCUUUUUAAAAGCAGUAUACAUAGUACUAAAGGAAAAAAAAAAAUUGGUGUGAUUUUAGUUCUUCUUUUUAUUGUUGAAUAAUUAAGAAAAGCAAAAAAAAAAAAAAGACAAAAAAAAAAAAAAAAAGGACAAAAAGAACUUCUGUCUUGCUUCUCUUCCUCUGUAUCUUGUCUUCUGUCUAUCUUGGACACUGGAGUAGUCUAUAGCCGCGUAACCCUCUCUUCCCCUCCUCCCCCCACCCUUUCCUCUUCUCCCUUUCUCUGAACGGCGGGGUUUUAAAAAAAAAAAAAAAGGAAGAAAAAAAAAUACGCAAAGUUUUUUUUUUUUUUUUUUUUUUUUUUUUCGUCUGAGCAGAAUGCAGUUAGCUCACAUGUUAUUCUUGUCUGUACGCUUCACAUUGUAUUACCAUACCCAUCUUCUUCAGCUUCUCCAUUCAACAGCUAAUGUAAGUGAACAAGUUACACCAGGGGGCUCUGGGCUGUGCUGAGGCUGGGGCCGGGUCAGGGCAAAGAAAUAGUCCCCAGUCCCCCCCCCGUGGAUGACACAUCAGCCCGCGGCGGAGGGAGAAAAGCACUCGCGGGAACUUUUGGUUUGGGGCGUAAGCGAGGGAGAUGACCAGUAGGAUUGCUAGUAUAGGCAGGUUUGUUUGUAGUCCUUGUUUCUGUCUAAUUCUUUUUUUUUUAUAAUUGAAUUUGGAUUUGCUUUUUGAUUAUUUUCUUCUUUUUUUUUUUUGUCGUCAUUGUUUCUGCGUAUCUUAGUCAGCAGGAAGAUGCUGCGUCGAGACCUUCAGUUAUGCACCUUUCUAGUGGUUGAAUGAGACCAGCUGUUUUUAUUUUUUAAAAAGGAAAAGAAUGACUUGAAGCACCUUAUAAGCGGACUGGUUCCACAGCAUGGAGACUGAACGGCUCACAUUUAGCACAAUCAUAAAGAGAUGUUAGACAUUGAUUCACAGCCAUUCUAAAAAAAUCGCAGUGUUUGAUCGACGCAUUGACCAAAGUGAUAAUGGUUCCAAAAGCUGUACGAAACUAGUUGGUGACUUCUAGAGAAAAAAAAAAAAGCACCGUGAAAUUCCACCAGCAAAAUCGAGUGAUUACACAUUUUUUUUGUCCUGCAACAAAAAAAA